AUGCUGAUAAUCCAUCAGGAGUUGGACGAGACCCCCAGGGGCGACCCGCAGUACUCUGAACGAUGCUUCAAAUGUCUUCGGGCGCUUAGCAAGGAAAGGGACAUAUUUCCUGAAUGCUUUACUAUGAACAAAGGAGUCGUCAGAAAAAGUGGUGAUCCCAUUGAUGGAGGAGGAGCCGCAGAUAUAUACCGUGGAACUUUGAAUGGAAAGGUCGUAUGCCUGAAGGUUCUUCGCAUCUUUCAAGUAACAGAGGCUGAGAAAAAGAGAUUAUUAAAGGAACUCUGUCGUGAAGCGGUCAUGUGGAAGCAGUUGAAACACAAAAAUAUUCUUCCCUUCAUCGGGGUUGAUAUAACCAGCUUUCCGAACAAGUUCUGUCUCAUAUCUCCUUGGAUGAACAACGGCAAUCUUAUCAAGUUCUUGGAGUCACAUAAGACCCACAACCGCUUGAAAUGCAUCCGAGAGAUCGUCAAUGCGGUGGUCUAUUUACACAACUUUGCUCCACCCAUUGUUCAUGGUGAUAUACGUGGGAACAAUGUCCUAGUCGCAGACGAUCAACGCUGCCUUCUAGGGGACUUUGGAUCCUCAUUGUUCAUUGCCACCCAGAUUCCUUCGAGGAACACCUUGAACCAGAAUUCCACCCGGUGGCUGUCUCCAGAGUGUCAGUUGCCUCCCGAGUCUCCGGCGUACGAGAUACAACCCUCUCCGGCAAGAGAUAUCUAUGCUCUUGGAUGCACAAUUAUUGAGAUAUUCACAUUGAAACCGCCUUUCUCUACAAUUCGUCACGACGGUUCCGUUUCAAACCUAGUGAUUAAUAAAGGACGUCAUCCACGACCAGAUGAAAUUUCUUCAAACAAUCUAUGGAAGCUUGUGGAGGACUGUAUGAACUUCUAUGUUAACAAGCGUCCCACUGCAAGGGAUGUAGAUGCUCGUCUUCGUAAUAUGUAG